AUCCGGCCAUUGGUUCCUUUCUACGGUUCACAGUAUCGGAGCCCCUCCGCCCACCGCCCCGCUACCAGCUGCAGCUCGUCUGCCGGAUCCGCUCUUUUUCCCAGAGUCGGUCCCUCUGGAGGACACAGACACACAGUGAGUUAUUCCUCCUUCCAGCGGAUUGAUUUCGGGACUCAGUUCGGGUCCGGUUCGUUUUUCGGGGGCUGCCGUUACCGGACCGCAGCUUGUUUGAGUGCCUCCAGAGUGAGAGAAACUGCUUUAACCGUCGGACAGAGCUUGUUUUUCUCCCCCCCGCCCGGUUUGUCAGUCAUUUUUCCACCACUGCAGUUGUCAACUUGGAGCCCUGCUGGGAAAUGGACGAACCCCUCUGAAGUGAGGACGCUGCCCGCCGUUACCGACACCGACACAGGACGUGAUUUGGACGACGAACCGCCGAGUGGAGCGUGACGCCAGUGGAACAUGUUUACUCCCCUGUGAGAACCACACUACCCACAAUUCCUGCAAACUGACAAUACAGUCAAAGUUUACUAGAUAACAUUAACAAAAGCACUCAGAGGACAGAACUGCUCUGAAGAAGACCAAAAUGGCCAACAACACAGCAGACCACCCUCCAGGGAAUUCGGUUGCAGAGGGCAACCAUGAUGGGGACUUCGGGGUGACCAUGAUGGAACUAAGAAGCCUGAUGGAGCUGCGGAGCGGGGAAGCCGUCAACAAGAUACGGGACACUUACGGAGACGUGCAAGGAAUCUGCCGCCGCCUCAAGACAUCAUCUAUAGAAGGUCUGUCUGGUAACCCCAAUGAUUUGGAGAAACGUCACACAGCAUUCGGAAAGAACUUCAUCCCCCCAAAGAAGCCCAAAACGUUCUUGCAGCUGGUGUGGGAGGCUCUGCAGGAUGUCACACUCAUCAUCCUGGAAAUUGCUGCAAUCAUCUCGCUCGGCCUGUCCUUCUACCACCCACCAGGGGGCGACAGUGAAGCAUGCGGCCAGGUUGCAGGUGGCGUGGAGGACGAGGGCGAGGCCCAGGCUGGCUGGAUCGAGGGCGCCGCCAUCCUGUUCUCGGUCAUUAUCGUGGUCCUGGUGACGGCCUUCAAUGAUUGGUCCAAGGAAAAGCAGUUCCGUGGGCUGCAGAGUCGCAUCGAACAAGAGCAAAAAUUCACUGUCAUUCGCAAAGGUCAGGUCAUCCAGAUCUCUGUGGCCGAGAUCGUGGUGGGAGACAUCGCUCAGAUCAAAUACGGAGACCUGCUGCCUGCUGACGGGAUCCUGAUCCAGGGCAAUGACCUCAAGAUCGAUGAGAGCUCUCUGACUGGAGAGUCUGACCAGGUUCGGAAGUCAGCAGAGAAGGACCCAAUGCUUCUGUCCGGGACCCAUGUGAUGGAGGGAUCAGGCAAGAUGGUGGUGUCAGCUGUUGGCCUCAACUCUCAAACUGGCAUCAUCUUUACUCUGCUGGGCGCCGGCGAGAACGAUGAAGAGAAGAAGGUCAAGAAAAGUAAAAAACAAGGACCCCCCGAAAAUCGCAACAAAGCCAAGACCCAGGAUGGCAUCGCUCUGGAGAUCCAGCCGCUGAAGAGUGAGGAGGCAGCCGAGUCAGAGGAGAAGGAGGAGGCCAAACCAAAGGCGAAAGUCAACCAGGCCCUCGUGACCAAGAAGGAGAAGUCUGUGCUGCAGGGCAAACUGACCAGGCUGGCUGUUCAGAUCGGCAAAGCUGGUCUGAUCAUGUCGGCUCUGACCGUCAUUAUCCUCAUCCUCUACUUUGUGAUUGACACCUUUGGGAUCCAGGGUCGGACCUGGCUGGCCGAGUGCACCCCCAUAUACAUCCAGUACUUUGUCAAGUUCCUUAUCAUCGGCGUGACGGUGCUGGUGGUGGCCGUUCCCGAGGGGCUGCCGCUUGCCGUCACCAUCUCUUUAGCCUACUCUGUUAAGAAAAUGAUGAAAGACAACAACCUGGUGCGUCACCUGGACGCCUGUGAGACCAUGGGCAACGCCACGGCUAUCUGCUCUGACAAGACGGGUACUCUGACCAUGAACCGCAUGACGGUGGUGCAGGCCUACGUCGGCGAUACACACUACAAGACUGUCCCUGAACCCGACAUCAUCAAACCAGAGACUUUGGAAACGUUGGUCAACAGCAUCUCAAUCAACUCAGCGUACACCACCAAGAUCCUGCCUCCGGAGAAAGAGGGUGGCCUGCCUCGCCAUGUGGGCAACAAGACAGAGUGCGCUCUGCUGGGUCUGGUACUCGAUAUGAAGAGGGACUACCAGCCGAUCAGAGACGAAAUUCCCGAAGAGAAGUUCUACAAAGUUUACACCUUCAACUCCUCACGCAAGUCCAUGAGCACGGUCCUGAAGAAUGCUGACGGUGGCUUCCGCAUGUACAGCAAAGGAGCGUCAGAGAUCGUCCUGAGGAAAUGCUCUCGUAUCCUGGACGCCCAGGGUCAGCCUCGUGUCUUCAAGCCGAAGGACCGUGAUGAGAUGGUGCGGAAGGUGAUCGAGCCGAUGGCCUGCGACGGGCUGAGGACCAUCUGUGUGGCCUACAGAGACUUCCCCGCCGAAGGCGGAGAACCAGAAUGGGACAGUGAGAACGACAUCCUGAACGACCUCACCUGUAUCGCCGUGGUCGGCAUCGAAGACCCUGUCAGACCUGAGGUACCUGAAGCCAUCUCCAAGUGUCAGCGUGCAGGAAUCACUGUCCGCAUGGUGACCGGAGACAACAUCAACACUGCCCGAGCCAUUGCAACCAAGUGUGGCAUCCUGAUACCCGGAGAGGACUUCCUCUGUCUGGAGGGCAAAGAGUUCAACCAGCAGAUCCGAAACGACAGAGGAGAGGUGGAACAGGAACGUCUGGACAAAGUUUGGCCCAAACUGCGUGUUCUGGCUCGUUCAUCACCAACAGACAAACACACUCUUGUCAAAGGCAUCAUUGACAGCACAGUGGGUGAAACCCGACAGGUGGUAGCAGUGACAGGGGACGGCACCAACGACGGCCCAGCCCUCAAGAAAGCUGAUGUUGGCUUUGCCAUGGGAAUCGCCGGCACAGAUGUGGCCAAAGAAGCAUCUGACAUCAUCCUGACUGACGACAACUUCACCAGUAUUGUCAAGGCCGUCAUGUGGGGGAGAAACGUUUAUGACAGCAUCUCCAAGUUCCUGCAGUUCCAGCUCACCGUCAAUGUGGUGGCCGUGAUCGUGGCGUUCACCGGCGCAUGCAUCACACAGGACUCUCCCCUGAAGGCCGUCCAGAUGCUCUGGGUCAACCUCAUCAUGGACACUCUGGCUUCUCUCGCUCUGGCCACUGAACCGCCCACUGAGUCUCUGCUGCUACGUAAACCUUAUGGCCGCGACAAACCUCUCAUCUCCAGAACCAUGAUGAAGAACAUCCUGGGCCAUGCCGUGUUCCAGCUGGUGGUUAUCUUUACCCUGCUCUUUGCUGGUGAAAAGUUGUUCGACAUCGAUAGUGGCCGCAAUGCUCCCCUGCACUCCCCGCCAUCAGAGCACUACACCAUUGUGUUCAAUGUGUUCGUGAUGAUGCAGCUUUUCAACGAAAUCAACGCAAGGAAGAUCCACGGAGAAAGGAAUGUGUUUGAGGGCAUCUACAGGAACCCCAUCUUCUGCAGCGUUGUACUGGGAACCUUCAUCCUCCAGAUCAUCAUCGUUCAGUUCGGAGGGAAGCCGUUCUCCUGCACGCCUCUGAACAUCGAGCAGUGGCUGUGGUGUGUGUUCAUUGGUGUAGGGGAGCUGCUGUGGGGACAGCUGAUCUCAGCCAUCCCAACACAUCGCCUGAAGUUCCUGAAGGAGGCAGGUCACGGUAUCAGAAAGGAAGAGAUCCACGAGGAGGAACUGACGGAGGGCGCCGAUGAGAUUGACCACGCCGAGAUGGAGCUGAGGAGAGGCCAGAUCCUCUGGUUCAGAGGCCUGAACCGCAUCCAGACUCAGAUGGAUGUGGUCUAUACCUUCCAGACGGGCCAGGCAGCGGUGCCCGGUGCCCUGCGCCGCCAGCCGUCUGUUGUCAGCCAGCACAAUGACACCACUGCCGCCAAAACUCUCUCUAGCCCCACCCCCAUUAAGGUGGUGAACGCAUUCCGUAGCUCCCUGUACGAGGGGCUGGAGAGCCCAGAGUCCCGUUGCUCCAUCCACAGUUUUAUGGCCCAUCCUGAGUUUGUGCCCCUGUCAGAGGAGGAGGCUCGCAUCCCCACCAUCGAGGAGACUGGAGACGAGAUAGACCCCCUCCCCAGCUCCUCGUCUGGGGCCACAGGAGGAGGAGAGCCACUUGGCGUCCUCCCCCUCAGCUCCGAGUCAUCCAUCUGAGCUCCUCCUCUCUCCUCCUCCUCUUCAUCAACAUCAUCUGUCACCCACCAACCGAACUGUCACCCUGAGGAGGGCUAGAGAGUCCAGAGUCCCGCCGAUCCAUUCACAGCUUCAUGGCAAGUCCUGAGUUUGUGCCCCUGUCCAAGGAGGAGGCUCGCAUCUCCCCCAUCGAGGAGAUCGGAGAUGAGAUAGACCCCCUCCCCAGCUCCUCGUCUGGGGCCACAGGAGCCGGAAAGUCGCCCGGCGCCCUCCCCCUCAGCUCCGAGUGAUCCAACUGAGCUCCUCCCUCCUCCUCCUACUCCUCCUCCUCUUCCUCUUCCUCCCUCCUCUUCAUCUGCAUCAUCUGUCAUCCACCAACCGAACUGUCACCCUGAGGAGGGAAGUCAUGACUCUGCUCAUCCCCUCAUUCUGCUUCACCUCGUCUCCAUCCCUCGGUCAUUCCUGCCACGUUGUGUUUCUUUCAUACUGACUGUGGCGUCGCUCUGCCUGUAAGUUUGUCUCUCCGCCACCAGGACACAGUCAGUCAGUAGAAGGUGGAGUCCAACAUCUCCACAGCCAAAGGCCUGUCCUCGCUCAUCUGUUUUUGUUUUGUUUUGUUUUUUACUUGACGAUCCUUUUUGAAAAGCUUUUAAACUUCGUUGGGUUCGAUCUUUGCUGGACUCACGGCAGCAUGUUGUGUUCUGUAUUCGCUUCAUUCCUGCGUUCUGAAAAACGGCACCGAAUUUUUUUAAAGCGUGCGGUGAUUCUGAUGUACAUAAGUUCUGUUCAACACAGCUCUAAGCUGGUUUGGUGUUCAGAAGAUUUUUAGGCAAAUGCAAAAAUGUAACCUUUUGUUUUUUUAGAUGUUCACCUGUUGUUUGUUUUAAAAAUGUUCAACGAAUGUUAAUUGAAGGUUGAUUCUAACUUCUGAGAAUGUUUUAUGUGUCAACACUACAGUCUUCAAGGUUAAACCAAUAUUCUCCCCUUUAUCGUGUCUGUACGUGUUGGUUUUUCUUUAGCUGCUGUGUUGCAUGUGGAAGGACGGGAUGUUUACGACCCAAAAACCGCGAACACGGCGGUGUCCAGAGAUCUCGCUUUCUGCUCAGUGGCGGUCUGACCUCAUCUCAUCCAGUCAGGGUUCUCUGCCCCUCCCCGCCAUGGAUAGUAGGAAACAAGAGUGUGGUUCACGUUCCCCCUCUAGUAGGAUGCAUGUUUUGUUUCAUUCGUGUUGCGUCGCAUGAAAACUUAGGAAUGAAUAUUUGAGAUACUCUUUCGACUGCCAUGUGUGUUCAUCUGCAGCAGCGUUUGUUCAGAGCUCCGUAAACUUCUUGUCUGAAGCACAACAGGACAGAAACAGGUUCAUUGAUAUUGAGCGUUUCACUGUUGGCGAGUACAAUCAUUCAUCCUGUUACAGCCUUGCUCAGAUUGUACAAAAGGCAGCCAAUGGUGUCGCAACACAGGUAGCUCUGGUGAAACGAGGCCACAACAAGAAAGGACGCCUGUUUUUCCACUGCCUCCCCACAGUCAACUCACUGCCUGUUCUACUCUGAAGGCCGAAUAUAACGAUAAGAACCAGACAGCGAGACUCUGAACCAACCAGUUCAAGGAUGGAGCUGAGGCUUCAAGUUUCUUUCAUCUCUUUCAUGUGUCGCCUUUCAAACCUUCGUGUAGUUUAAACACAUUGAACACUUGAGUUUCGAUGAGUCUGUUUCGGGUCUCAGUCGGGACGUAAUCGGAGCUCUGAGCGGCGUCCGGACCGUCUGCCUGUGUUUCACACUAAUCUUAGUACCACUUCUGAUGUUCCCUCGUCUGUCGGAUUUUAUGAACAGAAACGGCAUCGGCUGUCAGUGACAUCACACGGCCAGCAGCAGCGAAGGCGUUUCAUUACUGUCACCGCCAUUUUCCACUCUGCCGUGUCCGAUUGACAGGCGUCGGCAUCGCAACCGCGCUGAGGUUUAUGGGAGACUGACGAUGUCACCAGUCAGCCUGUAGAGUUAAAUCCACUGUGUCUGCAGAUUACUGUCUUAAAAGAAGAAGGAACCAUCCUCCAAUCAGAAGCGGUGAUGCGUCUAAUCCCCUCUUAGUCCAACUAGCAGCCAUCAACCUCUCUAUGAACUAGGACGCGGUAUUGAAGUAAUGUGCUACUACUGCCAUAUUUCCAACUUUUUGUCACGACUUGGUUCUUCCUCUCCCCUCUGAUGAGCUUUUUCUAUGUAACUCAGAGCCAUAUUUUAUAGGUUGUCUGUAUUGUUUUUUAUCUCAUUGUUAUCGAGGUUUCCUUUGGACUUUCUCACCCCCACCCUCCCCCUCCUCCCCCGGCCCUUUACUCCAAACACGACCAAAAUACAAGGAGAAAAUCUUCAGUCGUCACUGCCGAACCAAGUUUAAAGGACCUCUAUAAUGUUUACAUGAAAAGCGAGUCGGUGGCAGUUCGCCUGCGCUUCUCUCAUCCGACCACUUCCCUGUCAUUCCCUUGCUUUCCUGAAUCUUAGAGUUACUAUUUAACUAAAUGGGGAAUCUUUCUUGCAUGGUUUUCAUAUAAAAUUCAAUGUUUUGCUCAUUUUUUACAAUUCUUCUGUAUUUUUAUAUUAAGUACUUUUUAAUAUUUUGGAGAUAUAUGAAUAUAUAUGUAUAGGCUGAAGAGUUUGGUGACAGUACAGUACAUGAAUGAGAUGAAUCUACCGUGGACUCUGUCUUUUUACAGCUCUCUGAAUAUUUAUGCCACGUGUGUCGUCUUGGUCACCUGAUGUUAGGGCUCAGAAACCUGCAGUGACUUGUUUACUUCUUGUUGACCGUUCAAUUGGAAUUGCAACAAUCUGGUCCCAUCAGCCCCCUUUUACAUGAGUAUAACACUUUAUCUAAGAUGUUGUGGCACACUACAGGCUAUGUGAUUUCACAGUUAUCCAGUUCCAUCAGAGUUCAGCAACAUGAACACAGUUAACUGUAUCAAACAUUAAAUGGGAGUGUUUAAUUAUUUAUCCAACCUCUGGGUUUGUUUGUUUCUGUACUUUGAAGCUACGACGACUGAUUUCUUUGAAUGAGUGGACUGAUGCUGUGUUCAAGCCACCAGGUGUCGGAGCUGACGACUUAAAAAGGAUCAGAGCUGCAUCCUGCCUUAGGCUCCGCCUCCUCCUGAGGGGCGUGGCCAAUGAGGGCCCUCUCCACAGUAACCUUCCAUUGUCUCAAACCAAACCUGAGAAGGUAAUCUGUGCACAUUUGCCACAACAAGCUUUGUUUUCCAGCUCCAGUGAAUCCAGAAUCUAAGAUCAGAGCAGUACCAGGGUUGACUGAAAACUUACAAGACUGUUCCUAUAAAAACUAGAAACCAAACCUGAUAGAAAUUCAGCUCAAUCCCUGUCUCAGUAAUGUCCUCGUGCAGUGAUUCUCUGCUCCAAGUGCUCCUGCAACAGUUGUAAUGUUCACUGUAAACAUGUCCAGAACCUUUAGCACCUUUUAAACAAUCAAAAACAGCGACAAUCAAACUUGAAUCCCAGUUAAGGGAACUGAAAGAAAUCACCAGGUGACAAAUCUGAUGAUGCACAUGCAACAUGAACAGUCUCAGAACUAUUUGAUCGACCCUCGUGCACUGAAGGUAACAUGAAUCCUCCGUCGCUCCCGUCUCAGGUCAGAUCACGGUUGUUAGGAACAGAUAUCACCUCCCCCGAACAGUGACUUCUGUCUCUGAGUCCCCCUGUGUAUUAUUUGCCAUAAUUCUAGUAUUUUAAGAUAAUAUUUGAUGACACAGUCCAGGUAUUGACCUUUUAAAUGUAUAAAUUGCAGUGAGCUGUUAAAUGACGUGUUUACACACCCGGGGCCAGGACCAAACCACAGAUUGCAUCAUCUAAAUUCCAAACUCCUGAUAUUGAAAUAUAAAACUGCGAAGGCUGAAGGAGGCGGAGCCUGUGACAGGACGCAGCUGUAAGAUUCAUCACUGAUUUAAACAUGACUGACAGUUUUAGAAACUGUUCCCAGGAAGAGUGCGGGACUGUUGCAGCGUCCAGACGAUGUGUCGUCCUGCUGAGCUCCCAGAUUCAGAACAGUGUAAAUAUUGUCCUAUAAGUGACUGAAGUGAAGCUGCCGGGGAACCGGGAGAGAGGGGGCAAUCAGCCAAUCACCACCCAGCUUAGCUUUAACAAUGUUCUGCCAAAGUCUGUUCUCUUUUCUUUCUCUGCACAAGUUUGUUCUAUGACACCUGCCUCCCCUCACCUGGAUCAGAUCGUCCUCUGCUCUGGCGGCCGUCUGUUGGACUGGUUGGACUGGUUGGACUGGUUGCCCUCAUGUCUCCCGGCCAGCGCUCAGUGCAGCCAUCAGAGACUCUGCGACCUGUUUGUGCUUCUAGUUUCAGCCACGUCACCAAUAAAAGGUCUCAGCAGCGGACUGAAAAUCUACACAUGGAUUUAGUUUUCCGGUUUGUGGACUGUGUAAGAUCUCAGUUUGCCGUCAGGACUUCUGAACGGAGAAGGAACUCACUUCUUGUCCGGUCACAGUUGCAUUCUGACUGCGUUGCUUCUUCUUCAGAGCACUGCCUUUCUCAGAAGAACCUUCUCAUCGACUUCAAAAUCCACCAAUAAAAAUGGUUCAGACGAACUGGAAUAUCACAGUUGGAAAAGUCAUAACCACUUAACAUAUAUAUCUAUAUAUUUAUAUAUUAUAUCUAUCUAUUUAUGUCUGGUAUAUGUGUGUGUGUGUGUGUGUGUGUAUAUAUAUAUAUAUAUACAUACAUACAUAUACAUAUUGGAUAUAAAUAUAUAGAUAUAUUUGGUUUCUCAGUUGAACUUCAUUGCAAAAAAGACUGAAAAAGAUUUUUUCUGUAAUUACUAUGAUACACAGUAAUAGGCGUUGGUGUUAUUUUUGUAUAAACAUAAUAUCAUCUAUGUGGCAUGCAUGACAUAUAUACAAAUUUGGUGGUUUAAAGCAAUAUGUCCAACCUGGUGCGAUUGGUUCCGUCGUGUUCUGUGUAGCCUAAAGCCACUCUGUACGAAAAGAGAUAAAAAAAAAAAGAAAAAAAACUGCAUUUGGAUAAAACUAACUGUUCAGUAUAUGUGUUCAAUGUUCUGUGUUCUGCAUGUUUUAGUACGGAAUGAAACAUCCCAAAUGUUGACUUGUUUUCCAAAUGAAUCUUAAACACACAACUUCACACACAUGUAUUUGCACUGUGAGGUGAAACACGCUGAGGAAAUUAAAACUGUGUGACUUCUGGUGGAUGGAUUGAUGAAAGAUGAAGAUUAUUCUUUUGGUUUUUCCGUCAUCUCAUUUUGUCCAGAAACUAAACAGAUCUCAUCCACCUCCCCGCUGCCUCAUCCGCACUCAGAUUUACAGACUGUCCUGAACUCAUCACCAUUCAGCUGUGCAGUGAGAGGAGGAGGAGGAGGAGGAGGCAGACGAAGGUUAACUUGCCUCAAACGUGAGCUUCAGGUAGGCGUUCGCUCUGCAGGAGUCAACAUCUCACCGAUCACAUUCAUCCAUCCGUUAUCCUGCUGCUUCUCUGAGAAUCAGGAAGAUAAUGGAGUCAGUCGAUCACCUGUUCAGUGUUUGUGUUCAUGUCGGAGCCCCACCAUCACUGAUGAAUCUCUGUAGUAUCAUUUAGAGGUUCACUUUGUCCAUCUGAUGUUUAGUUUUCAUCUGUAAACUGUAAGGCUGCAACCACUUUCACCACUUUGUUCUUUCAUUCAUUGAAGUUUUUUGUUUUAAGGAUCAGAAAAUCAAUCAAAACCCCCUAAACACCCAAGAUAUUUAGUUUGUCUUCAUGUGACACAUUUUCACAUCUGAGAUUGACUCAGAAGUUAGAGAAAGUAAAUCUGCAGCUAUUUCGUCUAUUUGUUUGAGUUCCAGUAAAAUAUCCAGCCCUUUCCGUCUUCUAGACUUAUCAGAAACAAAUUUACCUGCCUGUUGUUAUGUGACAUUUAGAUCUGACCAUAAAAAGUCUAAAAGAGCAUUAGAACCUCUUAAAGACUAAAUUCAUUGAAAGCAUCAAAAGCAUUAAAAAAAAGAGUCAUUGAGCUUCGUGACAGAUUAAAAUUUGGCAAACAUUUCCAGCAGUGAAACACCAGCUGACAGUAAACACUAAUUACAGGUCUCCAGAUUGAAAACAAUUCCUAAGGAUGUUUCUCUAUUUUUCUUUGUAGAUGACACAGUUUUGUCACUGUUUUGUCUUCUCUGUUAAUGACAACCACGUAGCCCACAGUGCCACCUUCUAAAUUAAUUUCCUUUUCUAAAGUUUUUGUGACAUUUCAGAAGUUUGGUUUAAAUUCUUUCUAAAAUUGAACAGAAACACAGUUUAGUCUCCCCUCUGUGGACAAAUCUGCUGUAAAGCUUUACAACAAUCAGAAGGUGAAUUCUAAACUAAGAACCAUCUUAACAGAGAAAAAACGAGAAUUGUCAGGAAAGUUUCUUCAAAUCCAGAUUAAUUCAAAGCAAAGAAACAUGAGUUAAUCUGCUGCAGUUUUAUUCACAAACUUUACUAUAACACAACUGAACAUUAUAAAUAUGUAUGGAUGUGUGUAGUAUUUAUUGAUGCAACAUUUAUUUGAUUUUUUUAUUGGGCUGUAGAAGAAACGAGUGACAAAGUGACAGUAUUAAAGUUUUUCAUCUCAGUGGAGAUGAAUGAGUUGUGUUCACAUUAAAGUGCAUGAAGCAUGAAAUCUGCGAGACGAGCCGCUGACAGGAUUAAACGGACACUAAGGUCAUGACUGCUGCUGUUUAUCCUCAUUAACUCCUCAGCUCGUAUGUUUUCUGUUUUCUGAUCCCAACACAAUGAGCUUUAGAAAUCCUUUACUUUAACUGUUUAAGGCUUAAAAGAAGUUGCAUUAUUGUGCAGCAUGUUGAGUCUAGAGGUCCGGGAGUUCUUUGUUGUUAAAAGCCAAAGUUGUUACCCUUCAGUCAAAAUGUUUGUGCUAAAUUUCACAUCAAUCUGUCCAGUAGAACUUGAGGUAUUUUGCUCAGGACCACGAGCGUUGAUCUUGUAGUGGCACCAGAGGAAAGCUGUGAGGAUGUUUUGUUUGUGUUCAGAUAUUUCAGUCAGUCAGAUUUGUUGCUAAACAGGACGGAUUUACGAACAAUGAGCAUCUCUUCGAUCAGACUUUUCUGUUCGGAACAAUUAAACUUGAAUUAAAUGUAAAAUGUAAUGGAAUCUUUAAAAAUCCCGGUCUUAUGAACUGAUGUGUUCCAUCUGAUGUGUGUGUUGAUAUUUUAUUUUAUUUGUGUACCGUUCGAUUGCUCUGAAAUAAGGUUGUCACUGGUGACCUCUAUUUGAUGGAUUGUUUUGAAAUCCGUUGCGGUUAAAGUUGACGCAAACAUUGAGAAUUCUUUGACGUAUUCUAAUGACUUUCCUCCAGUGCUGCUGUGAGGUCGACACUUCAAGUCCUUAGUAGGACAUCUAUUUGAUGGCUUGACAAGAGCAAAGCUUGAUAUGACUUGAGCACAAAGCAGUGGACCGCUUUGGUCCAGACUAACAUGUCUGAACACAUUUUAAAUUCAUUAUCCUGAAACUUCACACAAACGUUCGUGAUUCUCUAAAAAUGUAUGGUGAUAGUGUAAGUCAGCACUUGUGGUUCUGAGUAAAAUACCUUGCUCUCUGUUGGAUGGAUUGUUGUGACAUUAAGUACAAAGAGGUGGAGCGCUUCGGUACGUACUAAAAUAUCCGACCCCAUACCACAUGGAUGAUCCUGUAAUAUGGUACAAACCUUCACAGUUCUAUGACAAUGCAUCCUGACUUUCCUGCAGUGUUACCACGAGGUUGAGACUUUGGUCCUAAACAAAAUAUCUUGACAUCUAUUGGACGGACUAUCGUAAAAGUUGGAAGAAACAUUCGCAACUCUUCAUCAACGUGUCCUGACUUUACUGUUGUGUCCUCACGAGGUGACAUACUGAGACACUUUGGUCUCGAAUGAAAGAUCUCAACAUCUAUUGGACAGAAUUGGCCUUGAAGUUGGCACAAACAGUCACGAUUCUUUAACAUGUAUCUUCAUGGCUUUUCUCCAGUGGCACUGCGAGGUCUGCACUUAAAGUUCUGAAAAUAUUUGGACAGCUACACAAUGGACUGUCCUGAAAUUGGAAAAAUAUCUGUACACGUUCAGGAUUAGGAUUAUCCUGAAAUUUGGAACAAACAUUUGCAAUUCUUCAACAUCAUACCCGGCUGACUUUUCUGCUUGUGGAGGCACUAAUGGAAAAGUCAACACUUGAGGUCCUGAGCAAAACAUCUCAACUUCUAUUGGAUGUAUUGUUUACAAAUUUUGUACAAAGAAGUUUACUACUUUGGUCCAGACUAAAAUACUCAAACCUGUAUUCAAAGAAUUGUCUGGCACAAACAUUCACGAUUCUCCAACGAAAUGUCUGGACAAGUUUCCUCUGGUGCCACCAUGAGUCAGCUCUUGUGGUCAUGAAUGAAACAUCUCAACCUCUAUUGGACGGAUUGUUCUGACGUAUGGUUCAGACUAAAAUAUCCGACCCCACGCUUUAUACCCCACAAUUUUUAAAAAAUAUAUCUUAAAGUUCCUCAGGUGCCACGGUGAGGUUGACACUCAUGGUCCUGUAUGAAAUGUCUCAACCUCUUGGUUGCUGAUUAACGUGAAAUUUGAAGCAGACGUUAAUGAUUUUCAGACAGUGUCUCUGGACAACUUUCCUCCAGUGUUGCCGCAACGCCAACACUUGCGGUCCAGAGCAAAAUAUCGUGACCUUCAUUGGACAGAUUGUCCUAAAAGUUGGAAGAAAUAUGCGGCAACAAAGUAUCCUGACUAUCCUCUCGUGCCACUACAAUGUUUAUACUUUGGUCUUGAGCAAAACAUCUCAGUCUCUGUUGGACGGAUUGUUCUAACAUUUUUUUAAAGACGUGGACUGAUUUGGAGCCCUGCGACAGACUGGUGACCUGUCCAGGGUGUCCCCUGCCUUCGCCUGAGUCAGCUGAGAUAGGCUCCAGCACCUCCGCGAUCAUAGAGAAUGGAUGGAUGGAUGGAUGGACUGAUCUGGUCUAGAAAUAAGAUAUCUGAAUCCAUAUUGGAUGGAUUGUCCUGAAAUUUAAUGCAAACAUUUGCAAAUCUCCAACAGUGGACCCGAUAACUUUAUAUUGCUACUAUUAGUUCAACACUUAAGCUCCUGAGGGAAAUAUUCCGAUCUCUAUUGGAUGGAUUGUUUCAAAAUUUGAUUCAAAGUGUUGGACUGCUUUGGGCUAAAUCCAGCUAUAUUAACUGGAUUGUCCUGACAUUUGGAUAACUUUUUGUGGUGUAAAAGGUCGAGACUUUUGAUUCCGAGCAAAAAUAUCUGGACGUCUGUUGAGCAAAUUGUUCUAAAAGUUGGAAGAAACUUUUGUGAUUCUCCAACAAAAUAUCCUGAUUUUCCUGUAGUGGCAUUAUGAUUUAAGGCUAGAAGCUCUGGUGGUCCUUUAGGUUUCUAUCUAGCGCCACCAUCAGGCCAAAGCACUGAUUUAUGACCAAAUGUCUGCCAAACUGAGACAUUCCAGAGGCCGUGACCUCUUCGUCUUCGGUCCUGUCAGCGGACUCUGAUCCUCAGCAGCAAUUUGUUCUUGAGCCAAAAUAAACCUUCCUGUGCUUCCCUGAACGUUAAGAGUGUCUGUGUGAGUGUGUGUGUGUGUGUUGGCUCAGUGGAGUUGUGUUUCCUCAGUGUGUGUGUCACCUUGUCUCCGUCACACAUCCUCCUCCUGUUUGCUUCAAUCUAUGCAACAGAAUCCUCCAGUUCGGCUCCGGCGGUUCAUUCGGUUCCUCGCGUUCUUCUCCCCCUUCGUGCUCUCACUCCGUCUGCUUCGUCCGAUUCCGCUUUCAGUUCUUUGUAAAGACAGAACCACGACACCUGAUGUAUGUAUGAGUGUGUGUGACGCAGCUGCACACACACUCAUGUUUUCUUUACUCUUUUGUAAGAUAUGAUCAUGUGGAAUGCCUUGGUCUUAGUGUCAUGUCCUUUGAACUUAAGCUGAACAAAAGAUGAUAAUCAAGCAACUGAGUAAAAGUUGUUACAUAAAUAUAUAUAAUAUAUAAAUAUAUAUAAAUAUAUACAAAUCUAUAUACAUAAAAUAAAGCCAUUGGACUUUGAAAUAAA